GAAGGCGGUGAGGGCGAGAAGAAAGAGGAGGAAAAGAAAGAUGAGGAGAAGAAGGAGGAGGAGAAGAAAGAUGAGGAAAAGAAGGAGGAGGAGAAGAAGGAUGAGGAAAAAAAGGAAGAGGAGAAGAAGGAUGAGGAAAAAAAGGAAAAUAAGGAGGAGGAAAAGAAGGAGGAGAAGGAAGAGGAGAAGAAGGAGGAGUAACGGCAAACGGGGAAGUUUUUUAAAUCUUGCAAAGCAGCAGGAUAAUCAGAAACAGCCGCUGAUCAUACUUGAUCUCUUAAACCGCUUAAUCGCUGGUUAUAAUCACACUGAUCAGUUACUGGUAUGGAAUAAAUCGGUCUGUAGUAGCUUUUUUCUACCAAACUGA